AUGGGUACACUCGAAACGAGAUUGGACACGGCGGAUCCACGGCGGAGCGACCAAAUCACCGGCAAGACGAUGCUAUUCUCAGCCUUAGUCGCCAUCGCCGUCGCCGGACCACUUAUCGUCUUGAUGGCCAUCAGUUUCUGUGCAACGAUGAUACUGUUUUUAGUCACUGCUCCACUUUUCGUUAUCUUCAGCCCUCUGCUGCUGGCUGCCGGCUUUGUGGUUGCGGCGGCGAUGGUGGGGCUCGGAAUGGCGGCUGUGAUGGCAAUAGCGGGGCUUGCGGCGUUGAGAUGGGUUUUCCUGUCAUUUAAUGGCGACGCCGGGAAGGUGAUUAGAGACAAGGUGGUGGAAUUGGGGGAGAGAAUUAAAUAUGCCGGAAACGGUUGGGUUAGUCACUUGAAUCAGAAGGUGCAGAGUUCGCCGGAAAAUUGGUCGGCACGCCGGAGCUUAAUAGUGAAGUAA